UUGCGAUUCUUGUAGUCUGUAAACAUGCGGUGGGCAGUUGCUGUGUUAUUGAACAUGUCGGGCAAUUUUACAAGGAAUCUAUAUCAUUCGUGAAUUGACAUUAUGAUUUUACCAUUUAUUUAUCUCUCUGUCUAGUAAGUCUAGGUGAUACCAUGGUAACACUGACAACCGGUUGCUAGUUUACAUUGAUAACUAAUAGCUACCUGAUGAAGGGCACAAUGCUGACGGCGUUGUCGAGGCUUAAAACUCCUCGAUUCUCCUCCUCCGACAUGGUUUUAAGAUGCUUUUUAGCAAAAGAGGCUUUACAUGUCGAGUUGAGGUUUUUCGGUGUCGGUUUCUCUCCUGUGUGGAGACGAACGGCGGUUGGUGUCAGAAAUGUUAGCACCUCCUCGACCCUGUACGACAAAAGCCGAGGAAACCCGAAGAAGAAAGAGAUGUCUGAAAAGAAGCUGACCCGUCACUUUGUAGACCGUCGGCGUGUGAAGCUGGUGGCUGGUUCGGGUGGAAAGGGGGCCUCCAGCUUUCACAGUGAGCCUCGAAAAGAGUGGGGUGGACCUGACGGAGGGAAUGGAGGCGAUGGAGGAAGCAUCAUUAUCAAGGCUGACCGCUUUGUCAAAUCAUUGGCACAAGUGGUUCCUGUUUACAAGGGAGAAGAUGGACAAUCAGGAAGAAGCAAGAACUGUUAUGGCCGGAACGGCAGCCCAAAAUACAUUUGUGUGCCAUUAGGAACUGUGGUAAAGGAGCAGGGCAAAAUGGUAGUAGACCUUGCCGUGCAUGGACAGGAGUACCUGGCUGUGUUUGGAGGAGCUGGAGGGAAGGGGAAUCGAUUCUUUCUGUCAAAUGAGAACCGUGCUCCAAUGACAGCAACCCCAGGAACACCAGGCCAGGAGCGGGUCCUUCAGCUAGAGCUACGCACCAUGGCCCAUGCUGGACUGGUUGGCUUUCCAAAUGCUGGGAAAUCCUCAUUGUUGAGAGCCAUCUCCAAUGCCAGGCCUGCUGUAGCUGCUUACCCUUUUACAACACUCAACCCACAUGUAGGAAUUGUCAAGUACCGGGAUCACGAGCAAGUUGCAGUUGCUGACAUCCCAGGUAUCAUCCGAGGGGCCCAUUUAAAUCGAGGCUUGGGCAUCUCCUUCUUGCGUCACAUAGAGCGUUGUCGUUUCCUUCUCUUUGUUCUGGAUCUUUCGGCACCAGAGCCCUGGACACAUCUCCAACACUUGCGUUUUGAACUGGACCAGUAUGAGCCUGGUCUAUCCCAGCGGCCUCAGGCUAUCAUAGCCAACAAAAUGGAUUUACCUGAGGCUCUGGAGAAGUUAGAAAUUCUGAAAAGCUACGUCACCCAGAGGAUCAUCCCGGUGUCAGCUCUGACAGGACAAAACACAGAGGAGCUCAUUCUCCACCUGAGGGAGUUGUACGAUGGCUACCUCCAAGGGGACGGUAGUGGGGAAGGCAAACCCACCAGGUGGUAGGAAAAACUGUCACAGAUAUGUUGAUGAUAUGUAUUUACACUGGACGAUACAGAAUGUAUGUCAAUUGCUUAAUAAAUAUAUACACAAAACAUAA